GAUCUAGGCGCGGAGAGCAUGGAGUCGUUGGUGUCGGAGCUGUUUGAAGUUCGGGCGGUGAAGUUUGGGAAUUUCGUUCUAAAAAGCGGCAUAUCGUCGCCUGUUUACUUCGAUUUGAGGGUUAUUGUGUCCCAUCCGACGCUGCUGAACCAGGUUUCUGAUCUCCUGUGGAAAACUGCUCAAAAUGCUGGAGUCAAAUGCAGUUCUGUUUGUGGAGUUCCAUACACUGCCUUACCUCUUGCAACUAUUAUCUGUUCUACCAAUAAAAUCCCCAUGUUCAUUUGUCGAAAGGAGGCAAAGAACUAUGGCACAAGUCGUUUGGUGGAAGGCACUAUCAACCCAGGAGAAACCUGUCUUAUUAUCGAGGAUGUUGUCACAAGUGGUUCCAGUGUCUUGGAGACUGCCGAAGUUCUACGUCAAGCAGGAUUAAAGGUCACUGAUGCAGUGGUGUUGUUGGACCGAGAGCAGGGUGGAAGAGCCAGAUUAGAAGAGGAAGGAAUACGUUUGCACUCUGUUUGUUCCCUAUCCACAUUAUUAGAAAUUUUACAUGGCCAAGGAAAUAUUGACAGUGAAAUUGUAGAAAGUGUCAAGACAUUCAUAAGAACAAACAUACUGCCAGCAGUGAGUAAAAGAAUGAAUGGUACAACAAAACAGCUUAAUACCCAGCCUGAUGGAACUGCUGCAAAAAAACCCUGCCAAGAAGUUAGUUAUGGUGCUCGUGCUCAGCUUCCAGGGAUUCACCCAAUCACAGCAAAGCUUUUUAAGAUAAUGGAAAAGAAGCAAACCAACUUGUGUUUAGCUGCUGAUGUUACAAACUCAGAAGAGUUGCUGCAGCUGGCUGAUUUGCUGGGUAGCGAGAUCUGCGUAUUGAAAACACAUGUUGACGUCUUGAAUGAUUUUAACCCAGAUGUGCUUAAAGACCUAAGAGCAAUUGCUGACAAGCAUGAAUUUUUAAUUUUUGAAGAUCGGAAGUUUGCAGAUAUUGGGAACACGGUUAAACACCAGUAUGAAGGUGGAGUGUACAGAAUAGCUUCAUGGUCUGACUUUGUGAAUGCUCAUGUGGUUCCUGGCCCUGGAGUAGUGAAGGGAUUGAAGGAAGUUGGAUUGUCUCUGAACCGAGGCUGCUUGCUGAUUGCUGAAAUGAGCUCUGAAGGUUCCCUAGCUACUGGGGACUACACCAAAGCGGCUGUAGAAUUGGCUGAAGAACAUUCUGAUUUUGUCAUUGGAUUUAUAUCUAGCUCAAAUGUCAGCAACAGAUUAGAGUUUAUACACAUGACUCCAGGAGUCCAGAUGCAGAUUGGAGUGGAUAAUCUGGGCCAACAAUACCGGAGUCCUGAAGAAGUGAUUCACAAGAAGGCCUCUGACAUCAUCAUUGUCGGCAGAGGGAUCUUGUCUGCAAAGGAUCGUGUGGAAGCUGCAAAAAUGUACAAAAAGGCAGGAUGGCAAGCUUACAUGAGUAGGUUGUCAUCUGUUAACAACUGAAAGUUUGAGAAAGCACUCAAGAUGCCUAAUAGCAAGCAAUCUGUUGAAGUCAGUUGAUUGUUAUUUUACCUUUAGUUUGUAAUGUGGUACAAUUAUUGAAUGUACUUUUUAAAUAAAACUAAUUCAAAUAAUA